UCGGACCGGCGGAGAGGAAGGAACCGUCAGUGCGCGCUCCCCCGAAGACUAAACAGGAAAUAAAGGGGAUUUUUGAGCACGUAUUUUCACAAGAUAACUAGAAGCACAAUGUUAAACGCGGAAGAUUUUGUUGAGCAGAUCAAAUGGGAGUAACCAGCAGGAGCAGCAGCAGCAGCAGCGGGGGAAGUGGCGUAGCGAAGCCGAGAUGAGAAGCUCGCACAUCGGAUCUCUCCCCAAACCUCCAGGAGCAGAGCCAUGAGAGACCGUCACCAUGGAAGUCCUCCUUCAACUAAUGUAUUCACAAGAACUCAAUCGACAAGAUGAACAAGAGGAGAUUUGUGAAAACUGCAAGGACUGGACACAACAUCCGCUAGAAAUCGCCUGAUGCAAGAAACUCGAGAACUGACCGCUUGACAAAAACCCCAGCGCUGCCGUGGACUACAGGUGGAGCUGCAACGGAUUAUGGGAGCUGUAGUUUUUCGCACAAAGCUGUUUUCUUUCCUGCAGCCCAAUGACUAACAGCGGUGCUUGCGGCGUUAGCUCGAGCUUACUCAAAGGCAGGCACUUCUACUGUCGAGAAUGGGCACUGGAGAAGCUGCUGUGCUGCCUGGACGCUCGGGUAAUGACUGGACACUCCCCCGGUGUACUUAUAACAGGAAGCCCGGGAGCGGGGAAGACCGCACUAUGCACAGAAACAAUAUGGCCGACGUCGAAAGCGGGGCUCGCGUCGGGGUUGGGGAGAAGGUGCCUAGCGUAUCAUUUUUGCCACCGAGAGGAGCAGAGCAGUACGAUGGCGUGGAGGUUUGUGCUGGCGCUGGUGGAGCAGCUGAGGAACUCGGAGCUCAUCGGACCUGGUUACGAGGACAUGCUAAACGUGCCAGCUGUGUCGGCCAUCUUGGAUCCGCUGGCCUGCCGGAAAGACCCGGAAGAUGCUUUUAAAAGAGCUGUCUUGGGCCCCCUCUUGGAGCUGCCUGCCCCGGCACAGCCCCUCCUUCUGCUGGUGGACGGUCUGGACCAUGGAGUGCCUCCUGGAGGUCAUGGAGCUCAGAGCACCUCCAUCGCAGAGCUCCUGGCGUCUCACCUGCACCUGCUCCCUGGCUGGCUGCUGCUCGUCUGUUCCAUACGCCGACAAAACAAGGCCCUUUGCAAAAUGUUCUCAGGUUUCCGCCGCUUAUGCCUGGAUGACCUCAGAAAGCCCUCUCCGGUUCAUGACGUCCAGCAGUACAUCCUUUGUCGUUUGGACCAGGACUCCGCGCUACGACGCCAGCUCAGCCCUGACACGGCGGACAUGCUGAAUCUCCUCCACAUCAAGAGCUCGGGCUGCUUCCUGUUCCUCCAACGUGUUCUGGACGGGGUCGCCAUGUCUGUCAUCAGUCUACGGGAAAUUCGAGAUAUUCCAGGGACUCUUAACGGACUGUAUCUGUGGCUAUGUCAGAGGCUAUUCCCGCGUGGACUUUUCACCUACAUCAAACCUAUACUAAACGUCCUUUUAGCCGCUUUGAAACCACUAACCCCUCAGGAAAUCUUCACAGCGGUAUGGACGCAAGACACUUCACUUAGUUUUCAAGAUUUUCAGAACAAACUUCGGACUUUGUCUUCUCUUCUCAUCGACGGACCAAAUGGCACCAAGCUGCUCUUUCAUGCCAGCUUCGCCGAGUGGCUUUUGGAUGUGAAAUAUUGCACUCAGAAAUACUUGUGUAGUCGCAAAGAGGGACAUACGAUGCUAGCUAUGGCUUUAACUUUGCAAGGAGCGCGUUUGAGUAGCGAAGAUGUUUGCGGAAUGGCUACGCAUUUAGCCAACUCAGGUCAACAUAAGGAUAACCCGUCGUUGCUAGCACUUUGGAUGCUUUAUGCAGACGUACCGAGACUUAAUGCAUGUACUAGUCUGUAUGCUUCAAAUUUUGUCAGUGAAGAUAUAAAACAUUUGCUAAACAUAAGUGGACUUUUACAAUCCGAUAGUCAUUUAGGCAUGGAAAAUUUGCAAGAAGAAAUCACCAAGAUUAAAAGAGCUUUUGAACGAGAAUUGUCACUGAAGAAACUGCUCGACAGCGGUGUAGCAGUGAACCAGCGUAACUCUACCGAUGGAAGAACACUGCUUGCAAACGCCGCUACCGAAGGCUCUGAAAACAUCGUCGAUUUUUUGCUAAAUCACGGCGCGGACCCUCUUUUAACCGACCAACAAGGCCAAACUCCGCUAACUCUAGCCUCCAGACAGGGACAUGUUAAAGUUAUCAAGGUUUUGCUAGAUUGGGCUAAGAAACAAGAGAAAGGGCUCGUGACUAGAAUGAUGGAGCAAGUGGACGUUGAAGGCUGGACCGCGUUGAGAUCUGCAGCGUGGGGCGGUCACGCUGAAGUGGUCAGGUUGCUGUUGGACGCAGGAGCGGACGUCGACGGUUGCGACGUCGAAGGUAAAACUGCUUUGCGAGCUGCCGCGUGGGGGGGGCAUGAAGAGAUCGUCAGGAUACUACUUGAAUACGGUGCUAGUUUUGAUAAUGCCGACUGCAACGGGAGAACGCCGCUUAUAGCCGCCGCGUACAUGGGACAUCAGGAGACCGUUGAGAUACUUUUAGACCAUGGCGCGGACGUGAAUUUCGCAGACGGAGAUGGUAGGACCGCGCUCUCCGUCGCUGCCUUGUGCGUACCGACUUUAGCUGGGGUGAAAGGGUACGGAGAAGUGACGAGUUUGCUUCUAGAAAGAGGAGCUAAUCCAGGGCACAGAGAUAAAGACGGGAUGACGCCAUUGUUGCUAGCAGCGUACGAAGGAAACGAAGAUGUAGUAGAGCUUUUGCUGGAGGCCGGAGCGGACGUGGAUGAAACCGCCGGUCCGGAAGGCGAAUUACAAUCCGCAGCAGCCGUUACGCCUCUCCUUGCUGCCGCGGCGAUGGGGCAUAUGGGCACCGUGGCGAAGCUGCUGUUUUGGGGCGCGGAUGUAGACGCCAUUGACAGCGAAGGGAGGACCGCGUUGUGUUUGGCGGCCGCCCGAGGUAGCGUGGAAGUUGUGCGAGCGUUACUGGACCGAGGAUUAGACGAGAACCAUAAAGAUGAUUUAGGUUGGACUCCACUGCACGCUGCGGCUUGCGAAGGGCACAAAAGCGUUUGCGGGGUUUUGAUGGAACAAGGGAGCAUGGUGCGAGUCUGCGAAAUGGACAUCGAAGGACGAACCGCGUUGAUUUUAGCCGCACAAGAGGGUCACGUUUCAACCGUGCGCCUACUUUUAGAUAGACGCUGCCCCAUCGACCACAGGGCGUACGACGGGCAUUCGGCUUUGAGCGCCGCCCUGCUGGAGGAACAGACAGAAGUGGCGGAGUUGCUAAUGCGCCGCGGGGCAGAUACAGAUGUCCGAGAUGCGGAAGGGCGCCCCCUGCUGUAUCUACUGGUGCUAGAGGGGCGAUUAGAAAUGGCCACGUUGCUGUUAGAGAAAGGGGGAGUGCCUCUCGAGUCCAAAGAUGCAGAGGGCAGGACUGCGUUGCAUGUUGCGUGUUGGCAGGGCUCUGUGGAGAUGGUGAAUUUGUUACUGAAAUAUUCUGCGAACCCAAACGCCCAAGAUUCAGAAGGGAGGCCGCCUCUUCUCUCCGUAGCCUGGACUGGGCACACUCAAGUGGGACGAAAACUUUUAGAAACCCCCGGUAUCGACAUAGACCUGUGUUGUAACCAGGGAGCUACAGCCCUAAGCAUAGCAGCACAAGAGGGACACGUCAACAUCGUGGCUAUGCUUUUGGACAAAGGAGCUAACCCAGAACAUGUGGAUAAAUACAAUCGUACUCCGGUGAAAGUAGCCGCCAAGCAUGGGCACGCUAACAUCAUCAGAUUAUUACAAAGCUACGGCGCUAAACCUUACAUUCAACCGCGAUCUAGAACGGUUUCCCCCGUCAAGCCCUCAACCUCCUCGGCUACCCCGCAACGCGACGAGGCAGAGAAUCGCGUGGAGUCGGCGAACGCGGACGGUGCUACUUCCUCGUCGUCUCUGUCCUCUCCCGCAUCGACAGCCGAACGUUUUCAUUCCAUGCAAAGUUCACAAACCUCCUCGACUUGUCAUUCCCUCGCUACAGUUCAAACCGUCCCAGCUGACAGCAUAAGUUUUAUCCAACAGAUUCAACAGCAUUCGCUACCAAGAGCGCGCAGUCGGCCUUCAACUUUGCCCCAUGGUUCAACGCUGAGUAGUCUACACGGAAGCACCAAAAGGAGGAUGAAAGACACUCCUCCUGCUACUUUAUGCACGGUUAAUGCUAUUGUCCACCAAAUGGAUCAACCAAAACCAAAAAACAUGGAUUAUCAAAAGAUGCAUCAAGAAAAUAUAAGGACUUCUUACACUGGAGGCAAAUGGCAUUCUGUUAUGACUUCUUUAGGUAUAACGCCAGGGCAGGACAGUCCUAAUGCAAACCUGGACAACCCUCCUCCAGUAGGUUAUCCAUAUAGAAAUGCAUGGGACAGCAUGGCAGAGAAAGACAUUAAAACAUCAUGUUAUAGUUUCAGUCCCCAUAGUGUCUUCACAGACGAGCUGACGAUUUCGACUAAAGAUCCACAGUUGAACCUAAAACGGGCCAUAAAACUGCAGUUUGAAGGUCCCACCAGCGCAGCUCUGUACAAGAGGGAGACGCCGCUAUGACCAAAGCACAGGUGAAAUAAAGACUUUCUACAAAAGAACUCUGACGUCAAGAAAACCACCAAACUACAUGAUGUCUUCAUUAAAUUAUUAUUUCAAAGCAGGAAAUGUUAAGGAUAAUUUAAUUUAUUAUGUUCUUGGCCUACAUAGAUCCAUUAUAAGCCAUUUUCAUUAGUUCAAACGAGAUACAUCGAUUUAUUAUGAUCUCCAAUAAAACUGGCUUUUAAGUAAUUUUCUCAAUCAUUUCACUUCGCAAAGGACUUUUGUUCACCCAUAUCUAAAAUCUACAUUAAGUUGUCCUAUAAUGUGAAAUGGGCAUCUUGUUGAAAUGGAUGAAACUGAAAUUGGUGUUACUGUGUAAAAAGACAGAUUUUCUCGGGCCAAAUGACUUCUCUCUUACAUGUAUGUGUAGAACAGAGGGUUAAAGGUGCACUGCAUAACUUUUUGGAAUGGAGGACACUACCUGUUUGUCUCAGUGGAGAUGCUAUUGUCUUGGAUUGUUUCACAUAUUCACACGAUAUUAUAAACAGGUUAAACAAAAACAACUGGACUUGGCUUUUCAUUUUCUUUUUGAAGCCCUCUGGUUGGUCGCAAAACUUUGGCUUAGACUGUGGCUUAAAAAAAAAAGCGAAGUAAAUCAAGUUGUUUUCGUGUAAUUUGCUUAUAAUUGCUUCGCAUUGUUUCUAUGAAUUUCAAUGGAGACAAGCAGAGAAAGGAAAAAAAUAACCAAAGCACUAAAUUCUGUUAAUCUGAAAUGAGAGAAAUUUGAGAGAAAAUGAGCUCCUUCAUUUUACAUGCGUCACUGAAAAAAAAACAUGACUGAUUUUGGAUUUGUCAGGCAAAAAUUGUGGAAUAUUCCAGGCAAAGCAAUAAUGUCUCUACUAGGCAUGCACAGAUCUCAUAGUGGCAUCCGAUAUCUGCACCGAUAUUGAACAUUUUCACGGAUCGGAUAUCUGUUCAGUUCAUAUCCCAUUUUGGUUUGACAAGAGGCUUUACUGACUCAAAACAUCUUAUUAUAUUCAACUUGUAGUUCAAAGUUGUUCUGUAGUUACCAUAUUUUCCGCAGUAUAGGGCCUCCAGCCCCAUCAAAAAAAUGGCUGCGCGCCCCGCAAUCCAGAGCGCCUUAUACAUGAAUCCACUCGGGUGUCCCAGCACGACUUCAGUAAACUACAGAGCCGCACCAUCCAUAGUGCACGUAAACACACACGGAGCAGACAGCGACCGCACAGCGAAACACACCCCCAGACACACUCAUCACUCCACGCCAAUGAGGAAUGGAACGGAGGAACAAACCAAAAAAGCGAGUGCAAUGUGCCACUUCUAGACACAACUGAACAACUGAGUCACUGCGAACACACCGACAAUCCAGUGAUCCCAGACAGCACCCUCCAUACACGCCACAACUGAACACAGCCCAGAGUCACUGUGAACACGACAAACAAAGUCCGACUGAGCCAUCAAACUGUUGUGUUUUGUUUAAAGUCCGGUGCGGUUUGUUUGUGAAAAAAGUUCCAAAAUAAACCAUUCUAUGACAGUGCGCUUUAUAAUCCAGAGUGCCCAAAAGUGCGGAAAAUACGGUAUUUUAUAUGAUAAAUAACAGUUACAAAACACAUUUGGAUGAUUUUUUACCAUACGUGGUUUGUGUUUAAAUCCUAUAUUUUCAGUCUCUGCCCUGGUAUCAGUUGAUAUCAGGUAUUGAUUGAUACUUAAAGCCUAAGUAUCAUCAUUGGUAUCAGAACAGAAAACCCUGGAUCACUGCAGCCCUAAUCUCUAGUGUUGAUUUUCAGAUUCUAGAACAUGAUAAUGUCA